AUGCGUCGUGCAAAUGAAGCUUUGGGAGAGUUAGACUCGCCAUGUCUCUUCGCAGCUUUCGGGACUGUAAUCGUAAAUCAUACGGAUCUUAGUGAGGGGCCUCAUGGAAAGGCGGUUUGUUACGGCGUGAACUCGAAUAGGAAGACUGGAAAUCCGACAUUGCAUGGCGAGAUGGCUGGCAUCAACAAUUGCUCACGAAUUUUGACAGAUCUUGAGGGAGAGUACAAACUAACGCCAGCCGAGGCACUGCUCGCCUUCUCGAAUCUAAGUCUAUACACCAACGCUGAGCCGUGUCCCAUGUGCGCCUCUGCAAUCCGAUGGUCAGGCUUCUCAGAGUGCAUCUUCGGGACCAGUAUCCGCACUCUGAUCGCUAAAGGCUGGGGUCAAAUCGACAUCGCAGCUGAAGAAGUCUUUGAGGAAUCGCGCGAUUUAUCGACCAGAACAAAAUUACUGAAAGAGAUUUUGACGAAUGAGACAGAUCCGUAUUUCUUGUGGCAAUUCGACGAGACGUAUCCAUGCCCAACAGGCUGCGAGAGGACUGCUAGUCGGAGUAGCUGCGCAGUUGUGGUGAAAAAUAGGGCAGCAUGGGAACUUUAA